GAUCACGCCGCGUUCUGGGCCCUAUGGCAAGCAGGUGGGAGGGAAAGGCAAAAAAUCAAGAAAUCUUUAUUAGAGUGCCUACGAAGAGGUGUUUAGUUAAUAGAUCAAGCCAACAGUAAGAAGUAUCACCUAAAAUAAUACAGUUUAGCUUGCUGCAAGUAAAGGCGUGCGCUUUCAUUUUGUUUAUAUUGUUGUUUAAAGAACUGAACUGCUGGAGUGGAGAAGGAAGCUACCUGACGGAACCCGUUUACAGAACCCAAGACUUCUCUUUGUUUUUGAAUGAAUGGUCAAGGCAUCACCUGCGCUGGGCGUCCAUGGCAUUCAUACUGUACGCCAGUGCUCCAUGAUGGGGCUAGAAGUUUCCACGAUCAUGUCACCAUGAGGAGGAAGCUGACUUUAUGGGCUUGCUUCUGUCUCGUCUUGGCUCUGCUGCCUUCACAAACAGCCUCUGUUGCAGUCAUGUCAGUUGACCUGGGCAGUGAGUGGAUGAAGGUAGCGAUAGUAAAACCUGGCGUGCCAAUGGAGAUUGCUCUAAACAAGGAGUCCAGGAGGAAAACACCAAUAGCUGUGUGUUUAAAAGAAAACGAGAGACUUUUUGGAGACAGUGCAUUGGGAGUGUCUGUGAAGAACCCCAAAUUUGUCUAUAGGCAUCUUCAGAGCCUCCUUGGCAAGAAGCAUGACAACCCACAGGUGGCGGUCUAUCAGAAACGCUUCCCCGAGCACCAUCUGGUGACAGAUGAGAGUCGGGGCACAGUUCUCUUUAGCAACUCGGAAGAAAUGCAGUACUCUCCAGAGGAGCUCCUGGGCAUGGUUUUGAACUAUUCACGUGGACUUGCUCAGGACUUUGCAGAGCAGCCCAUCAAAGAUGCAGUGAUCACCGUCCCAGUCUUUUUCAAUCAGGCAGAGCGCAGAGCAGUCCUGCAGGCCGCACAGAUGGCAGGUGUUAAAGUCCUUCGGCUCAUCAACGACAACACGGCGGUGGCACUCAACUACGGCGUCUUCAGGAGAAAAGACAUCAACAGCACAGCACAGAACAUAAUGUUCUAUGACAUGGGUUCAGGCAGCACAACGGCAACCAUCGUCACAUACCAGACAGUCAAAACCGACGAGUCGGGUUCCCAGCCUCAGCUCCAGAUACGAGGAGUGGGGUUUGACCGCUCUCUGGGGGGCUUUGAGAUGGAGCUGCGGCUGCAGGACCACCUGGCCAAGCUAUUCAACGAGCAGAAGAAGACAAAGAAGGACGUGAGGGAGAACCACCGGGCCAUGGCCAAGCUCCUCAAGGAGGCCCAGAGACUCAAGACUGUGCUGAGCGCUAAUGCCGAAUUCAUGGCACAGGUGGAAGGGCUGCUGGAUGACAUCGAUUUCAAGGCCAAGGUGACCCGUGUGGAGUUUGAGACCCUGUGUGCUGACCUUUUUGAGAGAGUGCCUGGCCCUGUACAGGAUGCCCUCAGCUCUGCAGAGAUGUCCCUGGAUGAGAUCGAGCAGGUGAUCCUUGUGGGUGGCUCCACCCGAGUGCCUAAGGUGCAAGAAGUGCUGCUCAAAGCCGUUGGGAAAGAGGAGCUAGGGAAGAACCUCAACGCAGAUGAGGCUGCAGCCAUGGGGGCUGUGUACCAGGCCGCUGCCCUCAGCAAGGCCUUCAAAGUCCAACCUUUCCUGGUUAGAGAGGCAACCGUUUUCCCCAUUCAGGUGGAGUUCACAAGUGAGAUGGAGGAGGAUGGUUCCAGGAUCCUGAAGCACAGCACGCAUAUUCUGUUCCAGAGGAUGGCCCCCUACCCCCAGAGCAAGGUCUUCACCUUCAACCACACUGACGACUUUGCCUUCAACAUCAACUACGGCGAUCUCAGUUUCCUGGGCCAGGAAGACCUCAGUGUCUUUGGCUCUCUCAACCUGACCACAGUGCAGCUGUCUGGGGUGGGCAGCAGCUUCCAGAAGCACACAGAUGCUGAGUACAAAGGCAUCAAUGCCAGCUUCAACAUGAACGAGAGUGGAGUGCUCCUCCUUGACCGGGUGGUGUCUGUCUUUGAGACCGUUGUGGAGGAGGAGUCUACUCUGACAAAACUGGGAAAUACAAUUUCCAGCCUGUUUGGAGGGGGAUCCUCAGAACCCAACACAAAUGUGACUGAACCAGUUCAGGAUGAGGAGAAGGUUCAUCCGGAGUCUGUGAAGGAUCAAGAGGAGGCUGCGCCCCAGGAAGAGAAGCAGGAGCCUGGGGAGGAACAGCAGCAGGAGGAGAUGGCCCCAACCCACGAGAAGACUGAGGGAGUAGACAGUAAGGCUGACCUUCAGGAUGAAAAGGAGGGAGCCAAAUCUGGAGAAGAGGAGAAAACGACAGAGGAAGCGGCAAAGACUGAGGCCGAGAACACAGCCAAGCAUCAGAAGAAAAACGAGAUCUAUGAGGAUGUCACAGUGGAGCUCCAAGUGAAAGACAUCCUUAACCCUCAUUUAGAAGCCAUCACCUCCUCAAACAAGAAGCUCCAAGACCUGACUGAUAGAGACCUGAAGAAACAGGAGAGGGAGAAGACACUGAACAGCCUUGAGGCAUUCCUUUUUGAUACCCAGGACAAAAUGUACCAGGAGGAGUACCAGGCAGUGGUGUUGGAGGAAGAGAAGGAAACCAUCUUGGCCAAGCUGAGUCAAGUGUCGACCUGGUUGGACGAGGAUGGCUACUCUGCGUCCACCAAGGAGUUGCGGGAGAAGCUGCAGUAUCUCAGAAAGCUGUGCAGGACCAUGUUCUUCCGUGUGGAAGAGCGCAGGAAGUGGCCUGGCCACCUGGCCACCCUGGAGAGCAAGCUCAACCACUCCAGCUUCUUCCUCAGGAGCUCCAAACUUGUCCCAGAGGAUGACCGAAGCUUCACUGACGUGGAGCUGAAGACGUUGGAAAAAAUCAUCAACGAGACCUCUACGUGGAAGAACAACACAGUAGCUGAACAGGAGAAGAGAUCUCCCACGGAGUGGCCUGUGCUGCUGUCCAAAGACAUAGAGUCCAAGUGUGCUUUGCUGGACCGCGAGGUCAACUACUUGCUGAACAAGCCCAAGGCUGCCAAGGCCGCCAAGCCCAAUAACAACAACACCACAGAGAGCAGCAGCAGCAAGGCCAGCAGCAGCAAGGCCAGCAGCAGCAAAAUGGAAGAGAAAGUCAUACUUCCCAAGGAGGAGACCAAAGACGAAGAGGGCACUGAGGAGGUGCAGCAAGAGGAACCGCCCAUCAAAGAGCCCACUGGACAGAACACAGACUCACUCAGCCAAUCACAGCCUACAGAUAAAACUGCAAGUACAGAGGGCACUGAGGAGGUGCAGCAAGAGGAACCGCCCAUCAAAGAGCCCACUGGACAGAACACAGACUCACUCAGCCAAUCACAGCCUACAGAUAAAACUACAAGAACAGCCUGAAUUAAAAAUGGACCAUCUACACUAGAAGGACCUUGGUCAGGGAGGUGGCCAAGAACAAAAUGACCACUCUGGCAGAACUAAAUUGUUCCUUGGCUGAGAUGGGAGAACCAGUCAGAAGGACAACAGUCUCUACAGCACUUCACUAAUCCAGGCUUUAUGGGGGAGUGCCCAGAAGGAAGCCACUCCUGGGAAAAGGGCACAUGACAGCAGGUGAAAGACUGAUGCAUAAGAUUCUGUUGUCUGGUUAGACAAAUUUAACUCCUUGGCCAGAAUGCAAAGUGCUAUGGAGAAAAAAAAACAGGUACAGCUCAUCACCUGUCUAACACCAUCCCUACCAUGAGGCAUGGGUGUGGGCAGCAUGCUUUGGGGAUGCUUUUCAGCAGCAGGGACUGGGAGACUGGUUAGGUUAGAGGGAACAAUGAAGGGAUGCAAACACAGGCAGAUCCUUGAUGAGAACCUGCUUCAGAGUGCAAACGACCUUAGACUAGAGCAAAGGUUUGCGUUCCAACUGGACAAUGACCCGAAGCAUACAGCCAAAGCAACGCUGGAAUGGCUUCAGAACAAAAAUAUGAAAGUCCUUGACUUGAAUCCCAUUGAAAAUCUGUGGAAAGACUUGAAGAUUGCUGUCCACCACCGCUCCCUAUCUAAAUUAACAAAACUUGAGAAAAUCUGCAAGGAAGAAUGAGAGAAAAUCCCCAAAUCCAGAUGUGCAAAGCUGAUACAGACAACCAAGAUGACUAAAAGCUGUAAUCGCCGCCAAAGGUGUUUAUACAAAGUAUUGACUAGGGUGUAAAUACGUAUAAAUGAGAUGUCUGUAUUUAAUUUUCAAUACAUUUGAAAAAGCUUUCAAACAUGUUUUUACUUUGUCGUUAUGAGGUAUUGUGUGUAGAUGGGUGAGGGGGGAAAGAUCUAUUUAAUUCAUUUUGAAUUCCGGCUGUAACACAACAAAAUGUAGAGUGUCAAGGAGUGUGAAUACUUUCUGAAGGCACUCAAUUUAAUGUAUAAUACUGUAUGUGCAUUUCAUGUAGAUAUCAAUGAUUAUGAUUUAAAAAAAGAUGAUUACCUUCAGAUAAGAUUCUGACAGGAUCACCUGCGUAAAAAAACAAGGAAAUUCUGUGUUCAUAACAUCAAAACCCCCUUAACCAAAAAGGCUUUACUGGUAUAUGAACGUGCAGUAAGUAAAAGUGAUCCAUAAAUUGUUACUGUGUCGGCAAUAUUUUGCUGAUGGGCCAUUGAAUGCUGAUGCGAAUGAUGAUCAUGAAUGAUCAGUGGUUUUUGCACUUGGGUGCGGAUGGGUCCGAAGCUGACUGUGGCUGUGUUGGUCAUAGCCGUGUACUGGACCUCCCGCCUCCUUCUUGAGCAGAUGAUGUUGUCUGUUCAGUUCUGGGAAGAAUAGGGGUGGUUGGAACAGCUUCCUUACACAAGGUCAUAGGCUGUAACUAGCAUCAUAUACAGUGCCUUUGGAAAGUAUUCAGACCCUUUGACCUUUUCCACAUUUUCCACAAGUUAAAGCCCUUUCUAAAAUGUUUUUAUUUUAAAUGUUCCUCAUCAAUCUACACACAAUACCCGAUAAUGACAAAGCAAAAACAAGUUCUUAUAAAUGUUUGCAAAUUUAUUUUAAAAAAUGUAACUUUUACAUAAGUAUUCAGACCCUUUGCUAUAACACUUGAAAUUGAGCUCAGGUGCAUCCUGUGUCCAUUGAUCAUCCUUGAGAUGUUUCUUCAACUUGGUGUCCACCUGUGGUAAAUUCAAUUGAUUGGACAUGAUUUGGAAAGGCAGACACCUGUCUAUGUAAGGUCCCACAGUUGAUGUCAGAGUAAAAAUCAAGCCAUGAGGUCGAAGGAAUUGUCCAUAUAGCUCGAAGACAGGAAUUUGUCGAGGAACAGAUCUGGGGAAGGGUACCAAAACAUUUCUGCCAAAUCGAAGGUCCAGAAGAACAUAAUGGCCUCCAUCAUUCUUAAAUGGAAGAACUUUGGAACCACCAAGACUCUUCCUAGAGCUGGCCGCCCGGCCAAACUGAGCAAUCAAAACAGUUUUUGCUUUGUCAUUGUGACGUAUUGUGGGUAGAUAGAUGAGGAGAAAAAAAACAAUUUAAUCCAUUUCAAAAUAAGUCUGUGGAAAAGGUCAAGGAAGCAGCAACUGACAUGGAGCAGGGAGGUGCAGACAGUCCUCUCGCAGAUUCUGGUGGAGCAGUGCAGGUGGUAGGUGGACAGCGUCCUGUUCUUGUGCUUGACAAAGUGGAAGACCUCGAACGAGAAACGAGCUUCCUGCUGUUGCCCGUUCACACCCAACACUGUCUGGCCGUUCCGGUUACACCUGAGAGAAGCAAUGCGGUAAGUAAUGUCAAGUAAGAAACGAUGUGAUCAAUAACUUGAUAAUGAAUCAAUAACUAAUGUAGCUGCAGCUGAGCUUCUAAUCUAUUCCUCAUCUUCAACGCAACAGGCAACAGUUUCCAAUUACAGUUCAUAUAAGGAAAUCUGUCAAUUGAAAUAAAUUCAUUAGGACUGAA